UCUGCAAGGCCAUCGGUCCGUCCGCCCGCCCUCCCAGCGCUCCUCCGCCCCGGCCCCGCUAUCCCGGCCGCGCACGUCGUUUCCUCGGUUCCGGCCGCCGCUAGCCCGUUCCCGCCCCCGAGCCGGACGCCGCCGCUACGCGAGGCCGGGGAUUGGCAGAGCGCGUAGGCCGCGCUGCCGCGGAUGGAGUCGGAAUAAAGGGGCGGCUGAGAGAGCAGCCGGUCGCCACUCGCCCUGAGCCUGACCCCGCGGGCGGCCUGGAGCAGAACCAAUCAUCAGGGAAGGCAGAGCUUCCCUGCCAUUGCUGGCACUCUGCCUCGAAGACCCCCGUCCUGUAGGCAGAGCCUUGUAGUCUGUCUUGGUUAAUGACUUGGGCCGCCUGACUAGCCCCUCUCUGUGCCUUGUCUGAGGUCCUCAUCCAUACCUGAUCCUGGGCAGCUUCUCUCUCUGGUGUGGGUCACCUUAAGCGGGGAAACUGAAGCCAUUACUCUCCAAACCCUGUUUCAUCUUCCCAAGCAUGUCGGAAAGCUGGCAGCAGCCGCCGCAGACACAGCCGCAGCAGCCGCAGCCGCCGCAGCCUCAACACCACGCAGAACCACCGCCGGCCCUGGCCGAGCACACACUGACCCCAGGCACAGCUGAGAACCCCCUGGGCUGUGCCGUCUAUGGCAUCCUUCUGCAGCCUGACCCAGGCCUGCAGCCCCCGCAGCACGCGCCCCUGCAGCCAGCAGGCGAGCCGGGCCCCAAGUGCGGCGUGUGCGGUCACGACCUGGCGCACCUGUCCAGCCCGCAUGAGCACCAGUGCCUGGCGGGCCACGACCGCUCGUUCCAGUGCACGCAGUGUCUCAAGAUCUUCCACCAGGCUACCGACCUGCUGGAGCACCAGUGCGUGCAGGCCGAACAGAAGCCUUUUGUCUGUGGCGUCUGCAAGAUGGGCUUCUCGCUGCUCACGUCGCUGGCGCAGCACCACAGCGCGCACAGCGGCGCUGGGGGCCUCGUGAAAUGUUCCAUCUGCGAGAAGACCUACAAGCCCGCCGAGGCGGCUGAGCCCGCAGCCACGGCCGCCCCUUCACUGCCCCCGGCACCCCCUCCGCCCGCCGUAGCCCCUGCAGAACAGGCCGACAAGCCCUACAGCUGCCCCAUCUGCCAGAAGCCCUUCAAGCACCUGUCGGAGCUCUCGCGGCACGAGCGCAUCCACACGGGCGAGAAGCCCUACAAGUGCACGCUGUGCGACAAGAGCUUCAGCCAGUCAUCCCACCUGGUGCACCACAAGCGCACGCACAGCUCGGAGCGGCCGUACAAGUGCGCGGUUUGCGAGAAGACCUUCAAGCACCGCUCGCACCUGGUGCGCCACAUGUACGCGCACUCGGGCGAGCACCACCUGUUCCGCUGCAACGUGUGCGAGCUGCACUUCAAGGAGUCAUCCGAGCUGCUGCAGCACCCGUGCACGCCCAGCGGGGAGCGGCCUUUCCGCUGCGGCGAGUGCCAGAAGGCCUUCAAGCGGCCGUCGGACCUGCGGCAGCACGAGCGCACGCACAGCGCCGAGCGGCCCUUCAAGUGUGACCUGUGCCCCAUGGGCUUCAAGCAGCAGUACGCGCUGAUGCGGCACCGGCGCACGCACAAGACCGAGGAGCCCUUCAAGUGCGGCCUGUGCGAGAAGGGCUUCGGGCAGCCCAGCCAUCUGCUUUACCACCAGCACGUGCACACCCUCGAGACCCUCUUCAAGUGCCCCGUGUGCCAGAAGGGCUUCGACCAGUCGGCCGAGCUGCUGCGGCACAAGUGCCUGCCGGGCGCGGCCGAGAGGCCCUUCAAGUGCCCGGUGUGCAACAAGGCCUACAAGCGGGCGUCGGCUCUGCAGAAGCACCAGCUGGCCCACUGCUCGGCCGCCGAGAAGCCUCUGCGCUGCACCCUGUGUGAGCGCCGCUUCUUCUCGUCCUCCGAGUUCGUGCAGCACCGCUGCGACCCGGCCCGCGAGAAGCCGCUCAAGUGCCCAGACUGCGAGAAGCGCUUCAAGUAUGCCUCCGACCUGCAGCGGCACCGGAGGGUGCACACGGGCGAGAAACCCUACAAGUGCCCCAACUGCGACAAGGCCUUCAAGCAGCGUGAGCACCUCAACAAGCACCAGGGCGUGCACGCCCGGGAGCAGCAGUUCAAGUGCGUGUGGUGCGGCGAGCGCUUCCUGGACGUGGCCCUGCUGCAGGAGCACAGCGCGCAGCACAGCGCCGCCGCAGCUGCGGCCGAGGGCGCCUACCAGGUAGCCGCCUGCCUGCCCUGAGUCCGCGCCGCGGCCCCCACCAGGCCCCGCCUGACCUCCUCGCACCCAUCCCUGCACCCGACGCGGUGUUCGGAGGGAGGCCCUGGGCGUGAGGACAGAAGGGCACUGGGCAGGUGGAGGGUGUGGGUGCCUGGCACUCCCGGUACAGGCCUGGGGGGCGCGGGGGCGGCAGAUUGCUGUGGCUGGUCCUGACCCCACAGACCUCUUUCCCAUUACAGGAUUCGCUUUCUUGAGAGACCUCAGCCUCCCUUGUCUCUGGGGGCCUGGAACCAGGCUGGAAGUCAGAUGGCCUCUCUCCACCCCAACGAGGGGGUGGUGCUAGCCCAACCUUCCCAGACCUUUCAGCCUCAUUAGAAAUCGGAUAGGUUAGGAAAGAGGAGGGUCACGGUAGGGCCUGGGAGAAGGGCUGGACCGCAGAGGUAGGCUGGGUGUAGGGCACCCCAUUCAGGUUGCUGUUUGAGGGAGAAGGCCAGCUCCGUGAUGUAUUCCUGGAACCAGGAGGGCAAACUGUGAGCCACCGGCCUCUCCGUCAGCUUCAGCCAGGGGCGAUACAUCCUCCAGGUUUCUGGCAGGCGAGACAUACAGGGGUGCUGCACAUCUGUGGGCUCAGUCUGCUUGGAGAGCAAUUGGCCCAGCCAGAAGGGAGGAGGCAGAGAGGUUCUCCUGUGGCUCACUCAGCCGGGGACAGUGCUGUCCACAGGGAAAGGAGGAAAGGCAGCCUUUGCACCCAGGGCUAAUCCCACUGUUUUGGAAGUGCCCCUCCCACCUUUGCGGCAUGGCUCCAAGCACUGGUGGGGAAUGUGCUCUCGGCCCGACAGAACUACUGAUGUGAAAGAGGGGAUUGUUAGAUCACCUGGUGCCUGGGAGGAAGCAGGGCCAAGCCCGUGAUCUUCCCAGUGGAUGGGAACAAGUGUCACCCCUUUGAAUUGUGUGAACCAAAGCCUCAAGGGCGUGGCCCUAAUCAGCUCGCCCCAGCCCUGCUUCAGGGCCAAGACCAUGCCUGGGUACCCAGGGUAGGGGAGGUGAAAGGACCAGGGGAACGCCUCUGACCCCACAGUGCCCUCCCAGCCCAUGGGCACCCUCCCCCAUCAGUCUGGCUGCUGGCCUGUACUCCAGGGGUUUUGCUCUACCAAGAUGCUCUGGACAACAUCCAGCUACUUCCAAGGCCAGAGUGUUCUCCUUCGGGUCCUCCUAGGGUCCCCCUAGGUCUCUGGCUGCCCACUGGGCUCAUGGAGCCGAGGGUGUCCAGGAUAAGGAGUGGGCGGGGGAAGAGGGUUGUUAAGGAAACCGGUAGGUAGAUGGAAUCGAUUGGUAUUGCUUGAUGGCCGGGACUCUCCUUGGGAAGACCAGAAGACCUUUACUAUCAAAAUGAUUCUUUUGAACCCAGCUCUGCCCCACCCUCUCCCAGCCCCCUUCCCUGGGUCUUAAAAGGAGACUUUAAUCAGUGCCCGCCCCAAGAUCCCAGAGGAGCAGGGAGACCUGUCGUGUCCCACUCUCACCUUCAGAAGUCUGAAAAGCCCUCAUCCCCCUGCUCUGCCUAGGUUCCCUUCCUGUGCCCGCAGAGAGGGGCUGGUCCUUCCCCUCGGUGCUGGCUUUAGUCACCAUGCCUCAACGACAUGGAACCCAGGCUGACAACAGUCCCAACUGCUAAUGUUUUUCUUUCAUUUUGCUUUCUAAAAGCAGUUGUUAUACUGUUCAUAACAUUGUAUAGUUUAAUUUCAUGUCAUUUUGGAUCUUAUAUAAAAAUGUGAGAAUUUGGAUUUUUAAAAAGAAUGACUCCAUUUUAGAUAGCCCUUUUGAUGUUAAUAUAUAGUGAGUCCAAUGUAUGCUUUAGAAGUAAAGACAUUGACCUUCACAGAC